UGAAGAAAGGAGAUCGAUUGUUUGCAAGCCAUGCAAUUUAAGCUUCUUCUUAAAGGGAAUUUCACCAUGUUAAAACCUCCAAAUCCAUCUCAGAUUCUCCAAGAAAUAGUGAACAAAUUCAGUCUUUGAAAUGGUCGCCAAAAUUGCCAUUAUUGCUCUCCCCUGCUGCACAGCUGCUCUUCUGCUGCUCUCAUCACAUCUCCAUAGCCCAGCCACUUCAUUGCUUGGAAUCCUCCUUGAUCUUGCAACACCUUCCCUUCCUUUCUAUCUGCUAGCAUCUGGCAAUACUAAUUCUACUGAAAAUCAUCGGUAUCGCGACGAAUAUAACCCGUUUUGCGACGAUUUCCCACCGGAUUUCCCACCACCUGAUACAGCAACGGUUUCAAUCUUCUGUGUUGAUCCCAAUGGCUGCUGCAGCUUCACAACGGUACAGGCAGCUGUCAAUGCUGUUCCAAGCUUCAGCAGGAAGAGGAAUGUUGUAUGGAUCAACAAGGGGAUCUAUUAUGAGAAGGUGACAGUCCCAGCAACCAAGCCUAACAUCACAUUUCAAGGCCAGGGAUUCGACCUGACGGCGAUUGCGUGGAAUGACACCGCCAACUCGUCGCAUGGAACGUUCUACAGUGCUUCGGUCUCCGUUUUCGCAACAGGCUUUGUCGCGAAAAACAUCAGCUUCAUUAAUGUAGCACCAAUCCCACGACCCGGUGAUGUCGGUGCUCAGGCGGUAGCACUGAGGAUCGGUGGUGACCAGGCGGCAUUCUGGGGCUGCGGCUUCUUUGGUGCGCAAGAUACGCUUCACGACGAUCGGGGCCGGCAUUACUUCAAGGAAUGUUUCAUCCAGGGCUCCAUUGACUUCAUCUUUGGAGAUGCCAGGUCACUCUAUGAAAAUUGCAGAGUGAUCUCCAUGGCAGAUGCUGUUCCUGCAGGGGUGAGAACCAUCACAGGUUCAGUCACUGCACAUGGCAGGGAAUCUGAAGAGGAAAAAACCGGUUACUCAUUUGUGAAUUGCAGCAUUGGUGGCACCGGUAGGAUAUGGCUGGGGAGAGCCUGGAGGCCAUACUCCACUGUCGUCUUCGCCUACACUUCCAUGUCAGACAUCAUUGCCUCUGAAGGAUGGAAUGACUGGAAUGAUUCUUCAAGAGAUCAGACUGUGUUCUAUGGAGAGUACAGGUGCACAGGUGAUGGUGCAAACUUAUCAGAUAGAGUGCCAUAUGCUCAGAAGCUUAGUGAUGGACAGGUUUUGCCUUACCUGAACACAUCUUACAUUGAUGGAGACAGAUGGCUGAUGCCAUAUUGUGAUUCACUAAUAUUUGCUUGAAACAACCAAACAUAGGAUCAAGUGUAUUGCAAACUUGAAAACGGAAAAGGUGCACUCC